AUGGCUGGCCAUGGAACCAUUCAGAGGCCAAGCACCAUGUCACCACCAACCACGCCGACCGAUCCUGAGGACUCGACAGGAAAGAACCGUGACGAUUUCGAGCGACCCGAGUUCAAGCUAGUGUGCCCCUUCAGCAUCCCUUCAAGCCCAGAAGCAGCUUCUCUCAGAAUUAUAAGAAAUUUAGGCCACUUUGCGUUGUAUUACACACAUUUUGUGUGGAUUGUGCUCUUCAUUGCCCUCAUCCCAGAACGCAAGGUCUCUCUGAUUUUUUUGGUCAUCAUGACAUAUGUGGCAUCACUUUACCUGUUAUUAUUACGUGCCCUUCCUCCAAAUUUUUAUUUGCUGGAUAAGAUUAUUGAUAAGAGUAUAGUGCUUGGCUUGAUAGCUGUUGCAACUAUGAUAGAGCUCAUAGUGACAAAAGCUGGCUUGCAUCUUGUUAUCACCUUAGCAGCCACAGUUCCUAUUGUUUUGAUUCAUGCCGUUUUGUGGGUUAGAGAGGAUUUCUGUGUUGAGGAGAGGACUGGUGGUGGUGGUGGUGGUGGUGGAGAAUUGGUUCCUCUCGUUGAUGAUGAGUCAACGGCAAUGGUUCUUCCUCUCAGCCAACAAUCAACCACCGUCACAGCCCUCGCUCGUCCCUCAUCUGCAUUAUUUCCAUCAUCGCCGACGUUCUUUCCACCGGCCACUGUGAGAAUCACAGUCCACACAACAACAACGGUCAACGACGUCUCUCCAAUCUUCACGAGCGUCGGUGCUCACUGCUCAGAACAAAGUAGAGGUAUAUUUCGUUUCAAACAACAUUUGGCUUGCACUCGUAAGGAUGUUGAGUCAUGUCAGCAAGUGCCAGAAAAUGUUAAGCAGAUGAUUUUAGGUGUUUUGGUGAAAAAUCUAGAGGCAACUGAAAAGAAAAGAAAGGCCCUUCAAUAUAGAAAAAACCCUGAGUUUAUUAAAGCACUUGAAAUGGUUGCAAAGCAUGGGCCAGGUUUCAAGCCUCCAUCCUACUAUGAUAUUAGAGAGAAGUAUUUGAAGCAAGAAGUGGAUCAAACAAUGAAAUUGCUUGAGGAGUACAAGCUAGAAUGGAAAAAAACAGGUUGUUCAAUAAUGUCUGAUGGAUGGACAGAUAAAAAAAGACGUUGUAUUUGUAACUUUUUGGUUAAUAGUCCUAAAGGGACAGUUUUUUUGUCAUCGGUGGAUACUUCUAAUAUGUCCAAGACUGCUGAUAAGGUAUUUGAGAUGUUAGAUGCCAUUGUGGAGAGGAUUGGGGAGGAAAAUGUUGUCCAAGUAGUCACCGAUAAUGCUGCAAAUUAUAAGGCAGCGGGACAAAUAUUAAUGAAAAAAAGAAAGAGUUUGUUUUGGACACCAUGUGCUGCCCAUUGUAUUGACUUGAUAUUAGAAGAUUUUGAGAAGAAGUUAGAGGUUCAUCAAGUAACUAUUCAAAAGGGGAGGAGAAUCACCUCAUAUAUUUAUUCAAGAACCAUUCUUAUUUCUAUGCUAAGGCACUUUACGAAAGGAAGGGAUUUGAUUAGGCCUGCUGCCACUCGAUUUGCUACUGCAUAUUUGACUCUAGGAUGUUUAAAUGAUCAUAAAAUACAGCUGAUGACUAUGUUUACUUCCAACCAGUGGAAUUCAUGUAGGUUUGCAAGAAUAGAAGAAGGGAAACGAAUUCAAAAUUGUGUUUUGGACAGCAGAUUUUGGUAUGAUGUUACUAUAUGUAUUAAGGCAGCGUUUCCUCUAAUUAAAGUUCUUCGAUUAGUUGAUUCUGAUGAGAAACCAGCUAUGGGUUUUAUAUAUAAAGCAAUGGAUGAAGCAAAAGAGAAGAUACAAGUGAAUUUUGGUUCUGUGAAAAAAAGUUAUAUACCUGUAUGGAAUAUUGUUGAUGCAAGAUGGGAACUUCAACUCCAUAGACCUUUACAUGCAGCAGCUUAUUAUUUGAAUCCUCAUUAUCAUUAUAAUCCUAAUUUUAAGGUUAAUGCCAACAUUAAAAUUGGAUUAUAUCAAUGCUUAGAAAGGAUGGUGCCUAAUGCAAAUGAAAGGUGCAAAAUUGACUUACAACUUGAAUCAUUCAAGGAUGCAAAAGGGUUGUUUGGCAUUGACGCUGCCAAGACAGCAAGAGAUAAAAAAACUCCAGCUCAAUGGUGGGAUUCUUAUGGGGAUGAUUUAUCUGGAUGUGAGCGUAAUUGGAGUGCAUUUGAAAUGGUUCAUACAAAACGAAGAAAUCGUUUGCACCAGAAAAAAAUGAAUGACUUGGUAUUUGUAAUGUGCAAUCUGAAAUUGAAUGAUAACCAAGUCAAAAGGCAAGCUGAUGAUUUUGGUAUGGAAGAUGAUCUUUCAUCUGAUGAUGAUUGGAUAACUAAGGGAGAAAAACAUCCAAACUUUGAUUUUCUUGGUACUAUUACCAGUGCAACACGAAGACAAAAUGGUAAUGAGGAUGAAAGUGAUGAAGAAGAAAUUCCUAAUAAUGUUGAAAUGGAGAGUCAUGAUAUUGAAGAUGAUUUGGAUAUUCAAAUUGAUGAUAUUGGUGUUGGUACUAGUAGUAGCACUAAUAUUGGAAAAGGGUUUGUGUUGUCUUAUAAAGAUUUGAUCUCUGAGGAGAACCCACUUUUGCUGGAGCUUUGGUGGAUGUUUUGGUUGUGGAAAAGCUCUAUCUGGUGUUGCGUUGUUGAGUAA